GCUCCUCCUUCCACACUGCACAGACUCGUCAGCGCUCGUAAAACGCUGACGCGUCUUCCCGAUGCAGACGACGGCUAAGACGGAGCGGGUGACAAAAUGAAGGCAGCCAGCUGUUGGCGUCCCUCGUUCUCGCGUGCUCUCACGUGACGCCGCAGCGCCGUGACUAAGAGCGGCGUGAUGCCGGGCAGGGAAGCGAGGAGACGGCUCUGCCCCGUCGGCGUACGGCGGGUCCUCGGCUCGCCGCUAGCGUCCUCGGCUGCUGCGCUGGCUCCCGACGAGUGCCAGAGGCGCUCCCCGAAUCGCUCGUGGAAACUAGGCCCCCCCCGUUCCCAGUUUCUUACCUGGAGUGAUGGAAAACUCGUCUGUGGCGUCUGCCUCCUCCGAGGCAGGGAGUAGCCGUUCUCAGGAAAUCGAGGAGCUGGAGAGAUUCAUCGACAGCUACGUCCUGGAGUACCAAGUCCAAGGCUUGCUGACGGAUAAAACGGAGGGGGACGGAGAGAGCGAGAAGACGCAGUCCAACAUCUCGCAGUGGACGGCGGAUUGUAGUGAGCAGCUUGAUGGCAGCUGUUCCCCAUCGAGAGGGAAGGGCUCGUCGUCUCACGAACACACUCAGGAAGAGUGGGAUCGCAGCAGCAGUGGCAGUUCAGGAUCCCGGCCUAGCUCGGGCUCCAGGCGUGGGUCUGGCUCCAGGUCUGGCAGCCGCGGGAGAAGCAGCCAGUUCAGUCGCUCGACCAAGAAUGGCAACAAAGAGGGCUCCCUUGACAUGCUGGGCACAGAUAUCUGGGCAGCCAAUACCUUCGACUCCUUCAGUGGUGCGACGUGGGACUUGCAGCCUGAAAAACUAGACUUCACCCAAUUUCACAGGAAGCUCCGAAACACCUCCAAACACCCGCUGCCUCACAUAGACAGAGAAGGGCUUGGCAAAGGGAAAUAUGAGGAUGGUGACAGCAUCAACUUGAACGACAUAGAGAAAGUCCUUCCUGUGUGGCAGCAGGGUUACCAUCCAUUGCCUCAUGAAGCUGAAAUCGCACACACCAAAAAGCUGUUUAGAAGGAGGAGAAAUGACCGGAGGCGACAGCAGAGACUUCCCGGCGGGAACAAAUCUCAGCAGCACACGGAUCAUCAGCAAGGUGGCACCAAACACAACAGGGAGCACCAGAAACUCUACCAGGGAGGCCAGGCCCCUCACUCCUCGGGCAGGACGGGCCACCACGGCUACAGCCAGAACCGGAGAUGGCACCACAACCAGAAGCACUCGCCCAACGACAAAGAAACGCACAGAAACGCCAAAGAGACUGAGAAUUUGAAAAUCGAGGACACCUCCAUCUGCACGGUGCAUAUUCCCCUAGAGACGCACCGGGGCCCGGAGGCUGUGGAGAAGCAGUCUCAGCAGUAUAUCCAGGAGUCGGAGAUCAAGCGGAAAGACAGUAUUCACGAGCGCAUUGGGGAAAGACCCAAGAUCAACUUGCUUCAGUCUUCCAAAGACAGGCUGCGGAGGAGACUAAAAGAAAAGACGCCUUGUCUUUCCCUUUUCACGGACCAGGACGAAGUCACGGUGGAAACCACCAAUCCCCAAAAGAACAAAAUGGACAAAUUAAUUGAAAUCCUCAACAGCAUGAGGAACAACAGCAGCGAUGUUGACUCCAAGCUCACCACAUUCAUGGAGGAGGCCCAGAACUCCACCAACUCGGAGGAGAUGCUGGGCGAGAUUGUCAAGACCAUCUAUCAGAAAGCAGUGACGGACCGCAGCUUUGCCUCCACGGCUGCCAAGCUCUGUGACAAAAUGGCUCUCUUCAUGGUGGAAGGAACCAAAUUCCGGAGCCUGCUCCUCAACAUGUUGCAGAAGGAUUUCACCAUGCGGGAGGAGCUGCAGCAGCGGGACGUGGAGCGCUGGCUGGGCUUCAUCACCUUCCUCUGCGAAGUCUUUGGCACCAUGAGGAGCAGCACCGGAGAGCCCUUUCGAGUCCUUGUCUGUCCCAUUUAUACCUGCCUCAGGGAGUUGUUGCAAUCUCAGGACGUGAAGGAAGACGCUGUCCUUUGCUGCUCCAUGGAGCUGCAAAGCACCGGGCGGCUGCUGGAGGAGCAGCUGCCCGAGAUGAUGACGGAGCUGCUGGCCAUCGCCCGCGACAAGAUGCUGUGCCCCUCGGAGUCCAUGCUGACGCGCUCGCUGCUGCUGGAGGUCAUCGAGCUGCACGCCAACACCUGGAACCCGCUGACGCCCACCAUCACGCAGUACUACAACAAGACCAUCCAAAAACUGACAGCCUGAGGCGCCGAGCGAGGGCGGGCGGGCGGGGGGGCGAGCAGAAGACACGCACCUUACAAGGCAACGGGAUCGCAGCGGAGCGGGAAGCGAGGACCUUUCCGAUUUCCAUACCUAAGGAGACAACCCCCAGCAUGCUUAAGAAUACGUUCGUGGGGCGGGGAGGGAGAAGCAUGUUUCUUUUCAGCCGUGUCGCCAAGUGCCACCCCUCUUCCCUGCCGCGUUUUUGUCUUCGGGUUUCUUUUACGAAAUCACUGCUCCGGCAGCGGCGCGUCCCGCCGUGUUAUUGUCUGGCCGCAGAAAGGACACGGAGGAGCUGAAAAGCGAGGAGGAGCGCGGGCUCGUAUUGUCCGCACGCCGUUCUGCCAGCUUGCCCUUGCCGGCCGGCGGGAGACAACGCGCAGCAGAUGUCCCGGGCGGACAAAGCGAGCCACGCACCGCGCCAGACGCCGGCAGUCGACGGCUUUUGUCAAGCGGGGCUUUCGUUGUUUCUUCUCCCCUCCUCUUGUCGUCGACUUUGUGUCCCCACCUCCGCUCCUUCUGUCCUCCACCCCUCCGAAACCGGAUCUGAGAGUAGGACGGAUUUGUAUUUGCACUGGGUUUUCUUUUUGGGGGGUUGUUUUUAUUUUAUUUUAUUUUAUUUUAUUUUAUUUGGGACGGACAGUUGCGCUCGACUCGGAGACAUGGAAGUAACACUAUCAUGUGAGUUCAGAAAUGGUUUACAUGAAGAUGCAAAAGUGGAAGGAGAAUUUUAAAGAAGUCCAAAAGCCACUGUAGAAGUACCGUAGCCACAGUCGUCUUGCCAGUAACCUAUUAGAGUAAUUGAAAAAUACGUGCUCUGAGCUGGUAGCUCCAAGAAACACAGGAGCCCUGCGGCUUUUUGCUCUUGCUGUUAAAGUCGCAGCAUCCCUCAUCCACUAAACUAUAAUCUGUUUAUUUUUUGUAAUUUUUUUGUUUCUGUCAAAAGAGUGCUUUAUUGUAAUUACUGUCACGGUUGUAAUUAUACAUUUAAAACCAGGCCUGUCAUAAUUGGGCCGAAUAAUGUACAGGGCAAGGGAAAAAUGAAGACUUGAUGUUCUCCUUCAGAAACUAGUAAAGAGAAGACGAGGAGCAUAUGGCAAAAAGAAAAGCCAAAAAUACAGGUUUCAAGCCUAGCUUCUAACUAGCUGAAUUUCCUAUCCAGAGUUUCUAGGCUUGCGUCAUGCGGGAAUGGCUUCAACAUGGAGCUGUCUGCAUAGUCUUACUGAUAGCGUGUCCUGGAGGGAGGCAGUCUCGUGGCAUGGGUACGUGCUAAGGGGGAGCGAUGCGCAGGGAGUGCCGAUGAUGGUGAGGAGCGAGGGCGAGGACUAGAGGAGGCCAGGGAGAUGAGCACCAGCCCUGAAGCACGUGCAGGUUGGGCAGAGAAGUUUUUUGGUUUAUGAAGUCUCUCUUCUGGUGCAAGAAGAGUCCCACAACUCCAGGGCUGCAGCGGGCUGAUGCCUUAAAAUCCUGGGAAUAUUGACAGGAGACACGGAUGUUCAGCGAGUUGCAGGAUCUGGUCCUUUUGUGUAGCACGAGGCAAGCGAUACGUUCCAGGAGGGAUGAGAGCCCGGUACCUAUCGCUUGCACUGAGACUAACUUCCACCAGAUGUCAAAGUUCUGUUGACUCACUUGGGUUUAUUUAUCGAUGUGGAGAUACACUCUAGCCCUGUGUUUGAGACAUGCUUUGAAGUUGCUUGUUUCGGCAGCUCUCUGUUGGUCAAGAGGAGUUUGCCAAGCCAUGACUUCACUUCCUGAAGAGUGACCAGGAAAUGUCAGGACUUGGUGAUUUCCUUAUUUGCUUCUUUAUCGAUGCUUUUACUUACUAAAUCACUUCUGGUGCUUAUUUAGAUGAAAUCUAGCAGAGCCAGGAGGUGGGAGUUUCCCUUUUUUUUUGAUCUGCGUGGUGGAAAGCGAGCCAAGGAAACCAUAACCCCGCCGUCUCGUCUUGCCAUCUGAGCAACCACCAGUGCAGGGAUCGUGCGGUGAAGAUCCGUGUGUGACACCUACCUGACUUCGGUGUCCCCACAGGUGUAGCAACCCGCUUAGGAAUUGCAGAGUUUACAAGACACACACAAAACUGUUCGCCAAGGCAGUUUGUGGUCGGUUCAGUGCUUGAAACACAUACAUGUGUGGUUGGAGAAGUAUACUCCGAUUCUUUUUCUCCAUUUUCUUACCGUUAUUCAAUGUACUUUCCUUUCCCUUGGUAAGAAGGGAAUGCUCUCCACCCCGUGGAAGAGGAGCAUGGCUUUGGCCAAAUGCAGACCCGGGCCAGGCGCUCAGCCCCAGAGAGUCAGAAUCUGAACUCCGCAACUCAAACUCAUGUUUCAAACCGAGACGUUGCAUUUGUGCCAGCUUGUAGAAGAGAACAAAGAUUUCGUCUGGGUUUUUCUGCAUGUUCAGUAUGUUCUAGGGUGCUAUAUAAAGAUACUGGUCUGUCUGUGAUGGGGAGGAAGCCUUCGUGCAGCACAUGGCAGAAUUUGAGGGACAGAAAUUUUCGACAGAGAAAAUGCUGCAGGAGGAGAGAAUCUGUAUUUUGUGGUUCAAUACUGUUUAAACUUUUCAUCUGAUUGUCUGCUGAUACCUUUUCUAAUCCACACAUGAAGCCAGAGAAAAUGUUGCAGGGAACAAACUUCAUUUUUCAUGUCUAUCCAGAAAGCAGUAAAAUAAUCUAAUGUGCUGGACAUCUCUGGAAAGACUAAUCUCUAGGUUGUAGCAUCACCCAGAGAUGCCUGGGAGAUUAGCGUGGUGAAGAUGACUAUUUGCGUUAGGUCAGCUCCGUAAGUUCUGCCGUCAAAAGGCAAGAAUGAUUGACAGUGAAUAUCUCUGGGAGGCUGAACUUCAUCGAAGCAGCAAAACCGAUCAGUAUUGUAAGGACCAGGACUGCAUCCUUUGCUUUUGGCCUUUCCUGCUUUCCUGGAAAUUAGACACAGCCAGUCCAAAAUAUUCAUUAGGCAGCUGUGUCUAUUGAGCUGCUGCUACUUUUUCAGACCCUGGGAGGAGACCUGAAACACAACUUUGUCUUGAUUUUUUUUUUUUUUAAGAGCAGACAAAUCAUGUAAUACAGGCACAGCCUGAUGGGCAGGUGUGCCAGAGAGCCUACCAGCAACCGGCCAGGGCAGUAAAUCUGCCGGCGGCUGCCAGUUCUCCUCUUCCUGAACCGUGGAGCAGUCAGGACUGGGAUUCUGCAGCUUCCCUCUUCCGCUUCCCCCCAUAUUUGAUCCCUGAAUGUAGUGAAAGAAGAAAAAAAAAGAAAAGCCCAGUGGAGAGCUGGAGAUUCUGUUUCUAAAACCUGAAUUUUCACCUGGCGCUGCGUUAGGAUGCAUUCAGAGGCAAAGUGCCUCAUGACAGUAAUUCUGCUUCAGUGCUUCGCACUGCCAGGCAUGAGGGUUUAUUCAGUUUUUUCCUUUAGUAGAGGUUGCUGGGGAGGUGCAGUCCUGUGACCCAAGCUGACCGGAUUUGGGCCAUAAUGCCUCAAUGCUGGGAUUUCUCCCAAUCUUUGGGCAGUAUCUAAGAACUUAUUCUGAUGUGAAAUAUGUCUUUUCUAAUGUCUGUGAUUUAUCUUCACCAUUUCAUUAACACAUGUUCAUUCAGACAUUAACUGCUUCGUAACAGAGUACUUCAGUUGCUCCAUUAAUACGUAAGAAUCUAAAUGUUGACCAAAAAUGUAUUUUUUCGUGAAAGUCCGUGCUGCCAAUCAUAUCUUUUUUAAGUGCAGCAGUGACAAGCCAGCAUACAUAUGGUGUCGUCAACCACUGCAGCAUUGCGAAGAGGUGGCUCCCCUCCAGUAUUGCCUCUGGUCUGAGGUUUCUGCUUGGGUUUGGUUUCCAGGUUUCAGAAUCCAGUGGCCAUGUCUGAAGGUUGUGUUUGAAAGGGAGAACGUCACCGGUGACUUGCUGGUGCCAGUAUUGCUUGCUGGGGAAGACAUGCUGCGUUGGCAGCACCUCCCAAUAGAGAUGUUCUGGUGCGGUGGGAUGGGGGGAACCUCACUUACCUCUGUAAGAGCAGGUCUGGGAGUUGGGCACUGUUCUCAUGAUGCCUGGGGAGAGCACCUAGAGAAAUCGUUGAGUGCUUUCUUCUGUUUUUUUUGGCGUUCUUUAGAAAAGGUUGCCAAAGAGCGUAAUUCUGUAAGGUGCAUCAAGUGGAUUUUUGAAGGUGUGAAGCCACCACGUACGUCUCCCUGUUAGUUAUUAGCCAGGUUCGCUCUUUGCUUCUCGAUGUAGCUGGUUGGGAGGCUUCAGACAUUGUACCCGUACGGCUAAAUCAACCAGGAGGAGAAUAUCCUCCUUGGUCCAAAUACAUGUUAGGCCAAACCUUGGGUUGGAUGUGAGCAGGCAAAUCACUGUCCCUUUACGGGAGCACUCAGAUGAAGAGCAGCUUCACGGUAUGCCGAGCCGUGCGGUGGUUAGUCCUCUGCCAGAACCCAUACGGUGUCCGAUUUGCCUCGUUCUGAGCGAAAUUAUUUCUGAACCGAAGGUUUUACCUUUCCGCCAAGUGGCUCACUCGUUUCCUCAUGAGGGAUUGCAGCCCUGUUUGUUUGGAGAAGACUCAUUUGCAUGGAGGUGAAAUGAAAAUGGGGGAAAAAAUGGCAAAGUAAGCAAUCUGCUUGGUUCCCCUCUUGUUCCGAAGGAGAUUAAUUAGUAUCUAUUCUUGGCAUGAUUGAUGGCUUAGAAGGAAAGCUUGUCAGAAUAACUUACGAUUUAUUUUCGUGCUUAUUUUUAUAACAUCCCUCACUUGGAAGUCUCUCAAAAUCUUAAAUACGAUUUUUAUUUCCCCGCUGGGUAUUUUACGGCUUUACACUAAUUUUGCUCUUCUCAGUGUUAGCUAUUAGCCAGUCCCGGUGAUACUUCUAGCAUUUUUCAGGAGGAAUGACACUAAAGGUUUCAAAGUCCACUGUCAAUAGCCAAGGGAGCUGUGGUGUCCUGCAGAACACAGAGUUAAUGCUAGCAAUUCUUUUUUUUUUAUGUAUUUAUUUGCAUUUGAAAAAAGCAACAUUUUUAAUUUAAUCAUAUUUGUUAAACUAAGCGCUUUAAAACAAAAAAAAACAAAAAAAAAGGAAAAAGGUUUUGGGGAGAAUAAAGACUAGAUAUUCAUACUAGAGACAAAAAAAAAAUCAUCGUUUUCAGCAUUUCAGAGACUGUUAAAACAAGGGAGCUAAUAACUCUUUGUGGCAAUUCAGUCUUGUUUAUAGAACAUCCAGACCCACUGUAUGCUAUAAAAUGCAUCAUCUGAGUAAUAAAUGUUUAAAGCUUGACAUUUCACCAUCUCUUUGUUGGUACGUGCUAUCAGUUUUGGUGGUCUAAAGAGAUUUUUUUUAUUAUUAUUUCGUUUGGCUGGGAACGGAGGAAGACGUGAAAAAAACAAAAGUAACGGUGUCUGGCUGGAACCGCAGCAGCAGGUCAGAUCCUGCCCUCUCGGAGGGUCGCCCGGCCGCGGGCCCCGGCAGGAGGGCUCAGCACCAGGCGGGGGGACGGCGCGAGGGGGUCGGUCCCUGGGGCAUCGCCACCGCGGUGGGGUUCGAGGUCCGACGGGAUGCUGGGGAGCCGGCGCGGAGGCUCCCGGAGGCCCGCGGGAGCUGGGUAACGUGAUUAAAUACCUCAGCGUUGGGGGUUUUUUUGUUGGUUCGGGGAGAUACCGUUCUUUUGGGGAGGGGUUUGCACAUUUUCGUUGCUGUUGUAAAAGUCUGCGGUUAAAUAUAUGCAAAACCUCACUUGCCGAAACUAUCACUUUUAUGACAUUGCGGUUUCGCCUAAACGGAUGGCAGAUAGUACAACUAUUCCGGUGAAUUGUGACAUCGAUCACAGAAUAAACCUGAAAAAUCAA